GCAGAGAGGAGCGGAUGCUGAUGCUGAGCAGCAUCAUGGACCUGCUGCACGGUCGGGCAUCCAUCCCGCAGCCCAGGCGUUUCCACAGGACUCAGUCUGAUCUUAACAGGUUCUGAGCUUUCACAUCAAGGAUUUUCCCUCGUUUUUGAUGGUAAGCUCAUUAUCUUUGAUUAUGGGCCCGGCGAGUGAAAGGCUUUCUUUGUGGCAGAUUAUACUUCCCUGAGACAUGGAGACGAUAUGGCUUUACCAGUUCCGUCUGAUUGUGAUCGGAGACUCCACGGUGGGCAAGUCGUGCCUGAUCCGGAGGUUCACCGAGGGCCGCUUCGCCCAGGUGUCCGACCCCACCGUGGGGGUGGACUUCUUCUCCCGCCUGGUGGAGAUUGAGCCGGGAAAGAGGAUCAAACUUCAGAUCUGGGACACUGCGGGACAAGAGAGGUUCAGGUCCAUCACCAGGGCCUACUACCGUAACUCGGUGGGCGGCCUCCUGCUCUUCGACAUCACCAACCGCCGCUCCUUCCAGAACGUGCACACGUGGCUGGAGGAGGCGCGGAGCCACGUGCAGCCGCACGCCAUCGUCUUCCUGCUGGUGGGACACAAGUGUGACCUGGAGGCCCAGCGGCAGGUGAGCCAGCACGAGGCCCAGAAGCUGGCCGGGGCCUACGGCAUGCGCUACGUGGAGACGUCUGCCCGCGACGCCAUCAACGUGGAGAAGGCGUUCGUGGACCUGACGAGGGAAAUCUUCGAGCUGGUGCGGAGCGGCGACAUCAAGAUCCAGGACGGCUGGGAGGGCGUGAAGAGCGGGUUCGUCCCCAACACGGUCCACUCCUCCGAGGAGGUGACCAAGGGCGGCCGGCAGUGUUUCUGCUGAUCCGCCGGGCCGCGGUGCCGGCCCACUGGGCCCAGGUUCUGCCCGGCUGCAGCUGAUCCCAGGCCAGCUCUAAGUACUGUUCCCUGCUCACUCAUGUAACCCCUGUCUGACCACCAGGCCUGUUCACGGCCCAGACUGAUACAGGCAGACAAGCACAAGAAGCAUCAUCCCCUCCGUGUGUGUGUGUGUGUGUGUGUGUGUGUGCGUGUGCGUGUGUGUGUGUGCGUGCGUGCGUGCGUGCGUGCGUGCGUGCUGCGUGCGUGCGUGCGUGCGUGCGUGCGUGCGUGCGUGCGUGCGUGCGUGCGUGCGUGCUUGUAGUUCUUUAAGCUUUUCUCACAUCUGGCCUUUCCUGGUGUGUGUGGUGACGGUGUCGUGGCCAGCUGUGUCGUAGCCACCCAACGAAGCAGCGCUGGAGUGUCAUUUCUAUUCAACUGUACAACUUUUACCAGUGACUUUGAUCUGAAUCUGAAACAGAGAUGCUGAGACUGAGCCACACUUCACCCACGUCACCCACUCAUGACUUUAGCAGCUUAGUAAGGACUGGAACGAUGCAAGAGCUGCAUCUGCUCCAGCGCUCUGACUGGACUGAUGAUACAGAGGAGAUAAAGAGGAGGGGUGAGAGGGAACUCUGACUGGACUGAUGCAUAAAGAGGAGAUAAAGAGGAGGAGUGAGAGGGAACUCUGACUGGACUGAUGCAUAAAGGAGGACAGUGAGAGGGAACUCUGACUGGACUGAUGCAUACAGGAGGACAGUGAGAGGGAACUCUGACCCGUUCUGGUGUGUGUGAGUGGGACCGCUGAAGUUUGCACGGUGAGAAUGUUGGGCGGUCCGUUUACGAGGUUUCUGUAGCUCUCUGCCUUUACGACCCGGUCGUAGCGAUGAUUGUGAGCGUGGUGAGUACCCGACUGUACAGACGUUUGCUGCUCCCAUGGUUUUACGCAGGUAAGACACAAGUUCAGCGCUGUUCGUUUGGGCCCAAGAUGUAAAAAUACUUUACCUUUGCCUCUUCUACUCAUGACACUCAAAACAUGAAAACCUAGCAAAAUAUGAUUUAAAAAAAAUCAUAAACUGCCCAACAGUUUCACAAAGAAAAUAAUUAGUCAAACCAGGAGUCAACUGAAAAUGUAACCAGAAGUUUUGGUUGUGAUUUUCAAAACAACAUAUUUGACCAGAGGAGACGGUGGUCGUCACGACGACGCUCAUCAUCAGGAUUGGAGCCCUCCUAACGAGCCCGGGGGAAAAUCCUGCUCCAAUACUACAUGAACAAACCAACACUUCCUCCCAAUGUCUGAUAUGUAAUCAUUUUUGUUUUUUAAGUAAAAUAACACAUUUUAAAGCGGUUGUACAAUGAUGGGCAUUUUUAUUUCAAAGUUCAGGUGGUUGUUUUUCAUGUAUAUUCGUGUAUAUUCACAGCAGUUACACGUACGAUCAACUUGGACUAGCUAGUUAACUUAUUUCACGUCUAUCCAAUCUGCUAAUCCACUGUCAGGGCCGUUGCCGUAGCAACAACAUGAUGUUUAAACCAUCAGUUGAAAGGAAGCACCAGUGAAACUUUGCUCUUUUAAACUGUCGAUGCUCCAGCAACCACUCAGGAUUUCUGCUGGGGCCAAUCUGAGAUGUAAAUGUUCUGAAGAAUGGGGGCUCGUUUGUGAUUAUCUAGAUCAUAGCGGGCCCGUGUGAACAAUCCCUUUGGUUUAUUUGCUCGGUCCGCAUAAGAAAGCCAUUCAAGCUCAUCCAUCAUUGUGAACCUGCUCAUAAUGAUGUAGUUUAAAUAAACCCAUGAAGAAUCCCAAAGGGGGGCAUUUUUCAGCCCAUUUCUAGCUCCCACAGAAACAUUAGUCAGGUUUGGACUUUAAAGCUGUCAGACCUGUUUCCCAGCAGGCUGUGUGUUCUGGAUGAGCUGGAGGUUUGACUUGUGCUUCGUCUAUCGGCCACAGCGAGCUGGCAGACUCCGCGCUGCUGCAACCGUGUCUGCGCUUUAGUUAACGGCAGGUUAAAGGUGCAGCUGCAAGGAAAUAAAACUUUACAGCAGGGAAGUAAAACUAACAUAACUUUAACUUUUAGAUUUUGAUUAUUAUAUAGAAACAUAUCUAUAGCAGUUUUAUGUUGAAAUCACUCCAAAAGAACUAUGUAAAUUAUAAACAGUUAAUUAGAUCAGUUAUACAUUUUAUUGUCCAUUUAUUCAGCGCCGUAUGUGAAAUAGAAUCUUUUCUAACACUUAUGCCUACAAUCUGCUCCUACACUCAGUCACACAUUUACCAUCAGUGCAUGCCUUUAUCAUCCUUCAAACAUCCAAAGAAAGAUUUUACUUUACUUUUCUUUUUUUGUUGAUAGGAUGUGAGUAAAUCAUCCUUUAGGGUUUAGUGAAUGAAGUGAUAAUGUCCGGCCCAAAAAUGUGACUUUUUUACCCAACAACACAGAUUGGUUCACAGCAGCUCCAUCAAUGCUGACUAAAUGAUUGCAAAGCUUUUUUUCCCUCAACAAUGAAAGUGUGUUAAGGUGAGUGUUAAGUGUAAGAGCAGAGGGAGUCUCUCUUUUGAGUGCCUUUUGGAGGUAACUAAUCUAAGUGCAUGCUGUCAACCGGCUGUUCAUCGACACGACUCCGUGUUCAUCCUGUGAAUGUUGACAUCUAAACUGUAGUCGGCGGGAAACACCGAUACCGUUACACCAUGUGAAUAAUUCAUUUGAAACUGAACCCUGGCAAAGUUGACUGUUUGAUGUUGUUGUUCCUCCGGGAUUAUUAUAGCACAAGUGUCAUCAAUAAUACAUUACUGGAAACAUUAAUAAAGAUUUUACUCGUGGAAAAAAAAAGUUGAGG